GGACCUCCCGCGGGCGGGCAGUGACGGAGCCGUUCCCGCCCCCUGGCGGUGCCGCCCGCGGAAGCGCGGGCGCGAUGGGCGGGGCGUGGCGGCGCUGAGAACACAGCCCUACAAUCCCUAAGAACUAACUCCCUGUGUUCUUCAUGACCACUUGACCUACAAACACAAGCUGGGAACAAGGACACCUGCAGUACAGGAUGUUCCGUCUUCGACUUCUUCCCAUCGCAGCAGGGCUGGCUGCUGCUUCGCGGCGUUACCAUGGGGCAGCACAUCAUCCCAGGGCCCGGAGUCGGCUUGUGCUGGCAGCUUUCGUAGGGACAACUGCAGUGACAGCGAGUGCCAGGCUCCUUUGGCAGAGGGCCUAUGCAGAAGACUCCGUGAACCGUGACUCAAGGGCAGAGUCGGGUGAGAAGGUGAAGCACCGGGAGGAGGGAGAGAGCGGCGGCGAUGAGGGCAGGAGGGCCGUGGCAUCGGGCAGUGAGCAGGCUCAGCCAGAAGGGAAGAAGAAGCAGCGUUCUGGCUUCAGAGAUCGUAAGGUGAUGGAAUAUGAGAACCGGAUCAGAGCCUACUCCACACCAGAUAAAAUCUUCCGAUACUUCGCCACUUUGAAAGUGAUAAAUGAACACGGUGAAUCUGAGGUUUUUAUGACACCGCAGGAUUUCGUGAGAUCAAUAACACCUAAUGAAAAACAACCAGAAAAUCUGGGGCUGGAUCAGUUUAUAGUGAAACGCUAUGAUGGGAAGACAGAGAAGUUGUCUCAGGAGCGAGAAAAGUUUGCUGAUGAAGACAGCAUCUUUUAUGCACUUGGGGAAUGUGGACUCAUUUCUUUUUCAGACUACAUUUUCCUCACAACAGUCCUUUCCACUCCCCAAAGGAAUUUUGAAAUUGCCUUCAAGAUGUUUGACCUGAAUGGCGAUGGUGAAGUGGACAUGGAAGAAUUUGAGCAGGUUCAGAGCAUCAUUCGCUCCCAAACCAGCAUGGGCAUGCGCCACAGAGACCGGUCCACAACUGGGAACACCCUGAAGACUGGCUUCAACUCGGCACUGACAACGUACUUCUUUGGGGCAGACCUGAAGGGGAAGCUGACAAUCUCCCACUUCCUUGACUUCCAGCGCAAACUGCAGCACGAUAUUCUGAAGCUGGAGUUUGAGCGGCACGACCCAGUGGACGGGCGGAUCACAGAGCGGCAGUUUGGCAGCAUGCUGCUGGCCUACAGCGGGGUGCAGUCAAAGAAGCUCACUGUCAUGCUGAAGCAGCUCAAGAAACAUUUCCAAGAUGGGGAGGGGCUGACAUUUGAGGAGGUGGAGAACUUCUUCACUUUUCUGAAGAAUAUAAAUGACGUGGACACAGCAUUGAGCUUUUACCAUAUGGCUGGAGCUUCACUUGAUAAAGUGACGAUGCAGCAGGUGGCCAGGACAGUGGCGAAGGUGGAGCUGUCAGACCAUGUGUGUGAUGUGGUGUUUGCGCUCUUCGACUGCGAUGGGAACGGCGAGCUGAGCAACAAGGAGUUUGUGGCCAUCAUGAAGCAGCGGCUGAUGCGGGGCCUGGAGAAGCCCAAGGACAUGGGUUUCACGCGCCUGAUGCGCGCUAUGUGGAAGUGCACCCAGGAGACGGCCUGGGACUUCACCCUGCCCCGGCCCUAACGGGGCUGCCUGCGCGGGAGGGACGAACCGCUCCGCAGAGCUGGGACCUGCUGCCGCCUGCCUCGUGCACCUCCGCCUUUUUCUCUUGUAGGAAAGGGGACGUUUCGCGCUGCCCUCACCGGCAGGGCGGGGCUGACGCGCUGUACCCGCUCACUUGUAGUUGCCAUUACAAUCCGCACGGCUUC